AUGAAUUGCCCGGAUAACGUAUUUGACCUAGAACAUGGCGGCGAACAAAUAGGCCUUAGAAAGGUAAAUCCACCCAAAGUGACAGUGACUCAACGCAGGCAAUCAUCAAGCCGUAGUUUCGCGUGUUGUGGACCUGGAAAAAAGCGCUAUCUUAUUUCCGUGCUUUGUACGGCUUGUCUCACCAUCGUUAUCGGGAUGCGAGCUGAAAUGCUAAGUAUCAUAACAAAAUUGAAUGAUACGCAUUCAGGAAGGCAUGUAGAGCUUCCAACAUCCGCCUUGGUCAGAAAUUUCAUAUCACGAAAUCAUAUAAUGGUUCCAGAAAUGCCUGAACCACCUGCAGCUGAUGAUCAUCUCUUUUUCAAGCCAUCCCACCACCGUCAAUUGCCAUGGACAGCAACUAUCACUGAAGACCUUGUAGAGAAUGCCGUUUUCUUUGCUUAUCUUAUUGCCAGUCCCAUUGGUGGCUAUUUGACCGUUCGUCAUGACUCCUCCCUCCUCCUAGGAUGUUCUGUCGCUAUGACCUGCGGACUUAAUCUCUUCUUACCUUUAGCUGAAACUAUUGGAUCAAAUAUUGAUGCCAAGUUGGCAUUGAUUAUAAUCUUGCGGCUGCUUCAGGGAAUGGCUGAAGGUUGCCUAAUACCGGCUGUCUUUGGAAUACUUCGUUAUUGGAGUCCAACUAGCGAGAGAUCAACACUUAUUUCCUUGGCUGUGAUUGGGGUAUCUCUAGGCCCUCUAAUUGGACUUCCUGUGUGCGCUGAAAUUGAGCAAAAAUGGGGUUGGGGUGUAGUGUUCUACAUUUACGCUAACCUAGGCUUAAUUUGGUGCAUAUUUUGGUGGCGAAUGGUUGAUGAAAAGCCCCAGAAAGAUCGAAAUCUCUCGAAGGCAGAAAAAGUUUACUUGAAAGUGAAUACAUCCCAACAAUUGCUCUUUGAUCCAAGCAAUGUUCAAAUUCCCUGGGCAGCAAUUUUUACCUCAAAGCCAAUCAUGGCUAUAUUUCUCACUUAUGCCGCAGAUGAUUGGACAUUCCAAAUUUCAUCUGUUUGCAUGCAAACUUUCUACCAACAGAAGUACAAUGCAGACGUGCAGAAAACCAUUUUCCUUCUUUCCUUCCCCUUUCUCUCCCGGUCAAUUUUUGUGCCUAUCGGUAAGUUCCUUUCACUGCCUCCAGUCUUCUUUGGAUGGCAAAUGGCAUAA